UGCUCGCAGUCUUGAGUGGUCAGUGCAUCGCUUCAGUCCAUAAUAAUCGUGCAACAUUUCAAAUCUGUACGAUUGCAUCUGUAAAAAUCUUCAUCAUCGCUACAGCAUAAUAUUAUAUACUUCUUUAAUAAUAGUAAGAACAUACGGUUGUGACUUGGUUGUGUAGAAACAAUUUUCAAGAUGUGGGUGGAAGUUGUCUUGGGAACAGCUCUGGCCAUCCUUCUGUAUCUCUCCUUCUUCCAGAAACCGAAAGGACUGCCACCAGGUCGCUGGGGUCUUCCCUUGAUUGGGUAUCUUCCUCUCAACGGUAAAUCAAUAGAAGAACAAGCUACACUCCUUCGCAAACAGUACGGGGAUAUCUUCCUGUGGAGAAUGGGGACCCAGGUGGUCGUGUUCGUCAACAACUUCAAACUGACCAAGGAAGUUUUCGCCAGCAAAUCCUUCACCGAUCGACCGGGCUGGGACAUGAUCACCUUGGAGGAGAAAGUUCCAUUGGGCGUGUUUGCGAGCAACGGCCACAUUUGGCAGACGAACCGACGCUUCACCCUCCGUCAGCUGAGAGACAGGGCAUGGAUAACAUGUUCAGAAUGGAGUUUAGUGAUACAAAACAUUCGACCAUCAGGCCAGACCGCUCAUAGUCAUCCCAGGCGCUCCAAGCCUCUCUGGGCGUCCCUGCCACUCCCAGGCCUAACACGUAACCACAAUGCUACCAAACCCGGCAGUCAGUACCGUUUUUAG